AUACCGUUGAAGGAGUGACUGUUUCCCAUCCCGACUUCUAUUGUUUCCUUCCUCUUGUUGUAGACUUCAAAAACUCGACACAUCUUGCAAAAUCAUCGGAGGCGCCUGUCCUGCACAACAAAACCAGAGGAAUUUUUCACUUUCGAAGCCUACUCGAAAGAAAAGACACGAUAACUAAAACACAAAAGACUUCGCAAUAAACCAAUCGAUCAAGAUGGACUCGACAUCCACCCAGCCUCUCGCAGACCGGUCGACAAAUACCCAUCUGCCACUGAAUGGAGAGAAAGCUGUUGAUAUGAAGGGGACUGAAGAUCGACAAUCCCAGGCAACAUACGUCUCCCCCUCCGACGACAUCAUGAGCCCUUGCACGAAGAAACUGAGUGAUAUCAAGGGGAAGCGGUUUAAAACUGCCAAAAAACCCCAGUCCCUGUUCGCCAAACUUGGCAAGAAGAAUUUCGAACAGUCCUCAAUGGCGGCCGCAAAGGAGAAGAAUAGCAGUCCAGUUGCAUGAACUUGGAAUUGACUUUUUCUUCUCUUCUUUCGUUAAUCGUCUGUUGAUCGAUCGAUGAGCUCUCAUCUUUCUUCGUUCUAGGAGAUUUGCGCUGGUAGCACAGAGUCCAUACGUAUGGACGAAGCGAUGAUGGGAGUUAUCGAUUGAUCAGUGCACAGUGGAUUGAUCGAUCCCCCCCCUUUUUUAUCUUUGUAAUUCUCCUAUUCUUAGAUGGAGUGUACGCAGAUAUAUGCGGUCCCCUUUUCAUUUGGUUCCAAAUUGGCUUUCUGGUUGUUUUUCUUUUUUUGUAUCGGGGUUUAUGGAUGGAUUCAGGAGAUUUAUGGGUUUCAAAGGGAAGAAAUGAUACUCUAUUAUCGAUGUUGAUGUUCGGACUGUAUGGUUUAUGAAUCAUUAUUAUUUGCUAUCGCUGUGAACGUUCAAUAAAAAUAUUGAACUCUCUUUAUAAUCAUUCG